UCGAUUUAUAUUGAAAGAUCGAAUUAGUAAUUAAGAAUAAAGUUGGAUCAAUUUGUAACAAUCAUUUGUGAGAGAGAGAGAGAGAAAGAGAGAGACAGAGAGAGAGAAAAAGAGAGAGAGAGAGAGAGAAAGAGAGAGAGAGAGAGAGAGAGAGAAAGAUUAUCACCAUCAUCAUCAUCAUCAUCUUCGAAGGAGGAAGAAGGAGUCUUCAAACCAGCCACGCCUACAUCACUUUCGUGAACCAAUGAGAAAGACGAAAUUGUACCAAGCUGACUCGAAUUUUUAACUCUCCUCUAAAAUCUGGCUUCUCUGGGAAGGCAAAGCUAAGUAAAGCAAAACUACGUCCAAGUCCAACAUCGAUGAUUCCAUCGCAAGAUGUAUUAAGACCAUUAGCAGUUCAAUUUUCUACGGUAGCAUGUCCUUGUCCCGGAAGCUGUACAAGUUGCGAUCUACGUACCUGUUCCAGUUUUCCCUUUAGACAAACUCCGAUGGAAACUCAAGCGAUGAUUAAUUAUCAAAGAAAUAAUACAGAUAAUUUUGGAAAUUUGUAUCGACCAGCUGCUGUUCGAGCAAUUUCAAGAGUGACAACGACGGCAUCUUCCAAUCUUGGUAAUACCAUGGAAACUAAUACGAGAAGAAAACGAUCAUGGUCCAGAGCUGUAUUUAGUUCUUUACAAAGGAAAGGUCUUGAAAGGAGAUUCUCUUUACAAAAAUAUAUCACAAAACCCGAUAGAAGACAAUUGGCUGCUACUUUAGGACUCACCGACGCUCAAGUAAAAGUAUGGUUUCAAAAUCGGCGAAUGAAAUGGCGACAUACCAAGCAAGGAGAAAAUAAUAAUUCAUCGAUCGCUGAUCCAGAUUCGACUCAAAAAGAGAUUCCUCAGAAAAUGUUAGAAGACUCGACGAAAAAUGUCGAAGGAAAAACUAUUAUUUCCGAAGAUGAAGAAGAUAUUGAGAUACAAGUGGACGUAUAAUAAUUGACAGAUUUAUUUUUAGGAUCGAAUUGAAAUUUUCCUAAAAUUUUUCUUAAUCAUUUUACCCUUAACUAUUAUCAAGGAUGUAUAUUUUUAUCAUUAAUUUAACACGAUCACAGAUAGAUAAUUUAAACUAUU